AUGGCGGCGGCUGCGGACUCGGGCCGCAGCCCGGGGGCCGUGCGGCUGCCGACGUCGCCGCCGUUCAAGGUGCUGGCGGAGCAGCUGCGGCGCGACGCGGAGGGCGGGCCCGGCGCCUGGCGGCUGUCCCGGGCGGCGGGCCGCAGGCCGCUGGAGCUGGCGGCCGUGUGGAUGCAGGGCACCGUGGUGGCGGCGGGCGGCGACGGGGCGCGGCUGCGGGACCCGAGCGGGGCCUUCUCGGUGCGCGGCCUGGAGCGGGUGCCGCGCGGACGGCCCUGCCUCGUCCCAGGGAAGUAUGUGAUGGUGAUGGGAGUGGUGCAGGCCUGCAGCCCCGAGCCCUGCCUCCAGGCCGUCAAGAUGACCGACCUCUCCGAGAAUCCCCUCCACGAAAGCAUGUGGGCGCUGGAGGUGGAAGAUCUACACCGCAGCAUUCCUUAGGCGACCUUGUGACCUCCAUCCAGUGACCUCUGUGUCCUUAAAAACGUCUGCUGCUCUGUGAUUUCAGCUCUAACCAGCGACCUUCCUGACGACCUUCCUGACGACCUUGACGCAGUGCUUCUACUCUCAGGAGUUUCUUGGGGACGCUGCUUUUGUGGACUCCGUGGGCAGGAAUUGGAAAUGCCCGGUCCCUGCCCUAACUGGCCUCUGCUGUAGGCCUGGGUUUGCUGAGGAAAAGCACGUGUGGGUUUGUUUUUUCUUUUUCUUUUUUGUGUGAAUCUCUCUCUCAAGCACACAGUGAUCUCGUGUUGCAUUUCCAAGUUCUGCAAGUGAGGGUACUUCUCGCGACUGCUGGCCCCUGUUUUAUGAUGCAGAACUUGAAUCUAGUCAUUGCCCAUGUGACCAGAGUGUGGUAAUGAGCAGGAAAACAGACGGAGGGAGGAGGACGCUGCGGCCCCUGUCUCUCCGCUGACAGCUCCGCGUCCAGUGACCUCUGUGUCCAGUGUGCAAGUCCAGUGCAUUUUGUCUCCUUGCCGUGCUGGGAGGGAGCCCAGGGCCUCGCGCAUGCUCAGCGGCUGCUCUGCACGGACCACGCCCCAGCCCUGAAUGGCCCUCAGAGCCCAGCUCUGUCCCUGCUGCGGGCACAACGCAGACGUUUCAGCUCCGUUUCCCUCAGAUGUGGAAGGUAGUUCCGUCCUCCUCCACUUGGAAAUGCUGCGAUAUGGUCUGAAUUUCUCGCUGAAACUAAAGAACCAAGACAGAGCAGCUCACAGACUCCACCAAGCGGGAGCGUCGCCCUGGGGGACAGCGAGGGCAGCCUGGGCUUAGAGGGCGUCUUUUGUAGGAAAGACUCUGUCGGGACCUACUGUGUGUGGGGCUCUGCUCCCUGCCAGGGCCGCGGUCGUCUAGAGUGUGAAUGCCACGGAGUGAGCUGUGUGCAGGUUGCUGUGGGGUUCGCCAGGGUCAGCGACUUUCUACCACUAAUAAAUGCUGUGUGC